AAAAAAGAAAAAAACUCUGUUCUUUACAUGGACCGGCCUUGGCAUCUUCUUCCACAAAAAUCAUGCUUGUUGUGGUUGCUUUCUUUAUUUUUCCCUGAGAUAUUCUGAGACUAGUUUUGGUAUUGUAAUUUAUUCUUCUACUUAUUUUUGAAUUAGUGGGCUCAUCAUCUUUUUUCUCUUCCCCACUUUCUGGUAAUAAAAAGCAUAAAAAAGUUCAAGACUGAGAAAUUUGAAUCUCAAGCAAAAAUGAAUGGUGCUAUUGCUGUUGAUUCAGAGGAAUCUGAGUUUGUAGAAGUUGAUCCUACUGGAAGAUAUGGAAGGUACAAUGAGAUUCUUGGAAAAGGGGCUUCAAAGAUUGUUUACAGAGCUUUUGAUGAAUAUGAAGGGAUAGAAGUAGCUUGGAAUCAGGUAAAGCUCUACGACUUUUUACAGAGCCCAGAAGAUCUUGAAAGGCUUUACUGUGAGAUUCAUCUGCUCAAGACUUUAAAACACAGCAAUAUUAUGAAAUUCUACACUUCUUGGGUUGACACUGCAAAUAGGAACAUCAAUUUUGUAACAGAAAUGUUCACUUCUGGUACUCUCAGACAGUAUAGGCUGAAACAUAAGAGGAUCAACAUUAGAGCAAUCAAACACUGGUGCAGGCAAAUUUUGCAAGGCCUCCUUUAUCUUCACAGUCAUGAUCCUCCUGUCAUUCAUAGAGACCUCAAGUGUGACAACAUUUUCAUAAAUGGAAAUCAAGGCGAAGUUAAAAUCGGUGAUCUUGGCCUUGCUGCAAUUUUAAGGAAAUCCCAUGCCGCUCGUUGUGUAGGAACACCCGAAUUCAUGGCCCCUGAGGUGUAUGAAGAGGAAUAUAACGAGUUAGUCGACAUCUACUCUUUUGGCAUGUGCAUUUUGGAAAUGGUGACCUUCGAGUACCCGUACAGCGAAUGCACUCACCCCGCGCAAAUUUACAAGAAAGUCAUCUCUGGGAAAAAACCGGAAGCCCUUUACAAAGUGAAGGAGCCCGAGGUGCGAAGAUUUGUCGAGAAAUGUCUUGCAACAGUUUCAGACAGGCUAUCCGCUUGGGAGCUUCUGAAUGACCCAUUUCUUGAGGUCGAUGAUUACACUUGCGAAUUUAGACCGUUGAAUUAUCAAAGCGAUUAUGACGAGAUCGUCCCUUUCUUGAGACAACCGCUUUUGCUUCAGCAUCACAGCAAGAACAGUUCUUUAGUCAACGGGUAUUCUAAUUGCAUUGAUUACGAGCGAGAGAAUGAGUUUGAAUUAUUCUUGAGUCACGAGGAUGAUUGUUUGGAAAAUGUGGGCAUUGCUAUCAAGGGGAGAAGGAAUGAGGAUGGGAAUAUCUUUUUGAGACUCAGAAUCUGUGAUAAAGAAGGUCGAAUUCGAAAUAUUCACUUCCCGUUUGACAUUGAAACCGACACCGCCUUUAAUGUCGCGGCCGAAAUGGUUGCUGAGCUGGACAUAACCGACCAAGAAGUGAGCAAAAUAGCCAAAAUGAUCGAUAACGAGAUUGCUUUCUUGGUGCCCGACUGGAAAUCGGGCUUUAGCGAACAAGAAGGAAAUGUUUUCUGUCAGAAUUGCUGUUCUGAUGAUUCUAUAGUGGGCCUGGGCCACUCAUCCUCAUCUCACGGGCCCAUUAAGGGCCGACAAUGUUCUCAAUGCUCCAAACAUGGAUAUGGGUCCGUGCAUGGCCGGUUUGAAGAGAUCAUGGACCGAGUUGAAGGGCCCGAGGAUUGCAUUUCCGAUUUUGCCCCUGAUAGCUCGGGUCAAAAUCCUCUCGAUAAUGAUGAGGAUAAAUUGUGUGGGGAUGACGAGACUAUGCAAAAGCUGAGGUGGUUGAAGGCCAAGUACAAAAUGCAGCUAAUGGAGCUCACAGAAAAGAACUCGCAUUUUAGUCGAGAGGUUUAUAGUUACGAGCCUCCGUAUAAAUCUUGCAGUCCGGUGCACCUUGCCACGGGCAAGAGUUUUUAUUCCAGUGCUAUGCACCCACACGCACUUCACAGGGCGACUUCCCAAGCGAUUGAUGCCGCAGAAUUUUAGAAACGAUUGUCGAUGAUUAUACAUUGUUGUUGUAUUAUUUUUUAUAAAAUUAUGGACAAUUUGACAAGUUGGUUUUGUUGAGAGUUACAUGUAGUGUGUGGUGUUGGUGCAAGGUUUGUUAGCAGCUUGUAGAUUUUUCAACUUCAAAUGAAAGUGGUUUUCACUUGAAGUUGCUAGGAUUUGGUAUAUUACUAACUGAUUUGUAUAAAUAACAAUUAUUGCAAAAUUUGGUCAUGAAAGUGAAAUAGACCUUCUUGUGUUUACCUGCAAAAGGGGGAAUCUCAUGCGCCUUGUUUGUAUAGCGAACACUCUUCAAACCCAAAAGUUUGGUUCAAAAGUUAGAUUAUGAAUUGUCUUGCUUGUGAUCUUGGACUUUUGUUUUCUCCUCUGUACUCGCAUGUUG